CCUUGUAAGCGGUUUGAGUCUUGUCAUUUGAGUGUGUGAGUGUUUAUGCGGCAUCAGAGAGAAGCUUUGAGCUGAAAUGUCGGUUAAACCGAACACACAGAAAGGAUCCCACAAUAUAUGUGUCAGUCUCAUUCUUUAUCGAUGAUCGUUGUGUCCCAGAGUCAUGCUGAUCUCUGUUUGGAGGGUUGGUGCUUGCCCCCUGCGGCGGUUGAGGGAUGCCCAGGUGAUCAGGGUCAACGUCCGUAGUCUGUUUAGUGAAACAGGUUGGUGGGAGCGGGACUACAGAGCCGAGACCCGGUGCAGAGUAGAGCAAUGGUGGCAUGGACGCAUCCAGGAACAGUGGCAGAGGGAUGAGGUACACCAGAGCUCCCGGAAGAAGUUCUACGUGCUCUCCAUGUUCCCCUACCCAUCAGGCCGUCUGCAUAUGGGUCACGUAAGGGUUUACACCAUCAGCGACACCAUCGGCCACUUCCAGAGGAUGAGAGGCCAUCAGGUGUUGAAUCCAAUGGGUUGGGAUGCCUUUGGUCUGCCGGCUGAGAAUGCAGCAAUUGAGCGAGGCCUGGACCCAGAGGAAUGGACAAGAAGUAAUAUUGAGUCAAUGAGAAAACAGUUAGACAGCCUCGGACUCUGCUUUAAUUGGGAUCGGGAGAUCACUACUUGCCAGCCUGACUAUUAUAAGUGGACUCAGUAUCUGUUCAUAAAACUGUUUGAGGCUGGAUUGGCCUACCAGAAAGAGGCACUGGUUAACUGGGACCCAGUAGAUCAGACAGUUCUUGCAGAUGAGCAAGUGGAUGAGAACGGCUGUUCGUGGAGGUCUGGAGCCCCUGUGGAACAGAAGCUUCUUAAGCAGUGGUUCAUCAAAACCACCAAUUAUGCCAAGCCUCUGCUGGAUGCUUUGGCCGAUCUCCCAGAAUGGUAUGGAGUCAAAGGCAUGCAGGCCAAUUGGAUUGGAGACUGUUCAGGGUGCUUUUUCAACCACAAAUUAAAGGUGAAUGGUCAGGACACCGGGGAGGUGUUAUCUGCAUACUCCUGUUCUCCAGAGGCUGUAUAUGGAUCUGCCUACAUCUCCAUCCUGCCUUCUCACCGAUUGCUACAUGGUUCCUCUCCCCUCAAAUCAUCUUUGCUUCAAGCUCUGAGACCUGGAGCAGACAGCCUGACUGAGGUCACUGCCCUCAACAUGUUCACCGGCCAUGAGGUUCCAGUUGUUAUUUCAGGCAGAAAUGAGUUCAAAGGACAUCUAGACACUGUGAUAGGCAUCCCCGAUAGCAAUGAGGAGGAUGCAAAACUUGCUCAGUCUCUGGGUUUGAGCUGGAACUCUGUUCUGAAGAGACAGGAAGAUGGAUCUGAGACUUUAAUAAACUCAGCUGAGUUUACAGGUCAAAGCCAUGAAGUAGCUUUUAAUUCUAUUACUCAAGAAGCCCAGCAGAGGAAAGUUGGCGGAUACCUCACUAGUACAAAGCUGCGUGAUUGGCUAAUCUCAAGGCAGCGUUUCUGGGGCACGCCCAUUCCCAUAGUUCAUUGCACCUCAUGUGGGCCUGUAGCAGUUCCAGAAGAGGAUCUUCCAGUCGUUCUGCCUAAAAUACCCCACCUCACCGGGAAAGGGGCAUCACCCCUGAAGACGGCAGAGGAUUGGCUGAGAUGCCAGUGUCCGAGGUGUAAAGGUCCUGCGGAGAGAGAAACAGACACCAUGGACACGUUUGUUGACUCCUCCUGGUAUUAUUUCAGAUACACUGACCCACACAACCAGGUGAGGCCUUUCGAGCGUUCCCAGGCAGAUUAUUGGAUGCCGGUGGAUGUUUACAUCGGUGGGAAGGAGCAUGCCGUCAUGCAUCUGUACUACGCCAGGUUCCUCAGUCACUUCUGCAGAGAUCAUGGCAUGGUUUCACACAGGGAGCCUUUCAAAAAGCUGCUGGUACAGGGUCUAAUAAAGGGGCAGACAUUUAGGGUGGCAGAGACCGGCCAGUACCUAAAGAAAGAAGAUAUUGAUUUCACAGGUCCUGAGCCUGUUCAGAGGACCACCGGGAAGCGACUUCAGGUAACGUGGGAGAAGAUGAGUAAAUCUAAACACAACGGGCUAGACCCACAAGAGGUGGUGCAUCAGUAUGGUCUCGACACCAUGCGGCUGUACCUUCUAUACGCUGCUCCACCUGAACAGGACAUUUUAUGGGAUGUCAAGACCGAUGCUAUCCCUGGGGUGUUGCGAUGGCAGGCCCGUUUGUGGGGACUGGUCACCAAACUAAUAACUGCAAGAGAGGGUCAUGAGACGCCCAACCCAUCUGUUCUGAACAAGAGAGAGCGCACAGAGGCCAAGAAGAUCUGGGAGAACAAAAACUACACUAUCACACAGGUCACAGGUCAUUUCACAGAGGACUUCCUGUUUAAUGCCGCAAUCUCUCGACUGAUGGGCCUGACCAACACACUUUCACAAGCUUCAUCUCGAGUAGUUCUGCACAGUGUGGAGUUUGAGGAGGCUUUGGCAUCUCUCUGUAUCAUGGCUGCACCAAUGUGUCCACACUUAGCGUCUGAACUCUGGGCAGGUUUGUCUCAGGUGAGGAAUCCUUUAGGUACCGUGCAGUCUGGGAAGGGAAAUGUCCUUCAGCAGCCGUGGCCUGGUGUCGACCCAGAGUACCUUCAAACCCCUGACACGCUUCAGGUUUCUGUACGGAUCAAUAACAAGGUGUGUGGAAGUGUUUCUGUACCUUGUCAGGUGGCCCAGGAUGCACAGAAGGUUCAGAAACUGGUGCUGGAAAGUCCUUUGGGCGUUCGCCUUCUAUCUGACCGCAUCAUUAAGAAGGCUUUCCUAUCCCCUAGAACUGCCCUUAUUAACUUCCUUGUGGAUGAAUGACACAACAAAUGAAUGUGCCAAAGUAUCUGAUAACCAUGGAGCCACCCAAGAACAACAGAUGGUGAAACAAUUAACUUAAAAAUGGAACAAAUAAGGACGUUGUUCUGGAUUAUUUGUGUUUUUAGAUUUUUUUUCUGUAAAUUGUGGACUUCUUCUAAAUUCAUUUCUAAUAAUAUGAAGCUUUGCUGUUAAAUAAAGAUUAUUUUAGCUGGUUUUAGGUUGUUGGGAGACCCAUCCGAGCAUCAUUUCAUCCAACUCCUCCUCUUAGCCCUUGUCACCUCAAAUUCUAGAACAGGGUCAGUGUUGUGUACCAAGCUAUUUCUGAACACCCAGUUUUAGCCUGGCAUUAAAACACCUCUAACAGACCUGCAUUGCUGCCUGAAAAGGAGAUAUGGAGACCAUGCUGUGCUUUCAGAAAACAGUCAGGUUCCUGCUGGGUCUUAUAUUACAUCUGACCUCAUCAAACCGUCAUUUAUGUGACUCACUCUAUCCUUUAUGAAUGUAUGUCACUAUAUCAGCGAGCAAAAUAAACUAUUUUACAUACUA